CAUGCGCAGAUAUCAAGGACUAAACAAGGAAGGUGUAACUUAAAGGCACUUCCGGUUUAAAAACCCAUUGCGUUCGGUCCUGUUUAACAGGAUGCAAUAUCUCAGUAUAUAUGAAUCAUUCUCACAAUUCACGGUGACUCUAAUGAGGACAUUUAGAAGCAAUCUCAACCCACAAUGCAGGUCUUCCUCUGCCAUUUUGGCUCAAACUGACUCUUCAAGUGUUCCCUCUUCCUGGAAAUACUUCUCCCCCACUUCCAGUCUAGCUAUUACCUCACUAAGAGGCAGGUACGACCUCUGACCCGUCGAUCCCAAACUCACUGUCCAUCAUUCACCUCUGUCAAAACAGUGACCUCAUUUUCUUACCACAUCAGUAUUAUUUUAUUCAUGUAUUUAUUCAACAUACUAUUUAUUCUUUUAUUUAAGUAUUUAUUUAUUUAUUUCUUAUUUUAUUGGUGUUAUUUAUUUAAUUUAUUCAUCUGUGUAUUUGGAAUACUAAAUACCGCCAUUGACCUUGUAAGAUGCUGCUCUUGAAAGAAAAAUGUUUAUAUGCAUGAUGAAACUGUAGGAAAGAACAAGUCCAUGCGACUUCUAGCAUUUUUUUUUUUGGUCUUUAUUUAUUUAUUUAUUUAUUUACUUACUUACUUUUAAAAGAGGAACAAUGUACAGCGUUUGAAAAGUUGGAAUGAUAUUUUGUUUCACAGGCAAUAAUUCUUCCUUGACACGGCAGUGGACUUGUAUAAUCAUAGCUGUCCUGUGUGCAGACCACUUAGGGCAAUAAAUGAACGAGCCUGAACACAAACCACAAAGUCAUCCUCCAUCUCGUUGCUGUCAUUUUUAUUUGGGAUAAAUUAGCUUUGGCUUGGGAAAACCAUCCCUCAGUGAUGCCUGGGCAUACAUUGCACCCUGAUAGUAGAAACACUUCAUUUAUAUCCAUAAACAUUACUCAUUUCAUCUCCAGUGUAAAAUAAUUCACAAUUAAACCAGCCAUUUUCAUUCAUUUUUAAGCCUGGCGUGACUAGCAGUGCUCAAAACAGCAAAAAAAAAAAUGUUUAUCAUCCAUUGUAGUCAGGAGUAUCACCUAAUUAAGUGUAAAUGAACACUGGUGCUGAUGCUGUGUUAUCACGUAUCUACACUUUGACAUUCAGUCACAUUCAUUGAUUAUUAUUUCCCAUGUGUCAUGUCAUGGCAAUAUACAGUACGAGGUAUUCAACUAAAAUUCUACUUAUAGAAAAUUCCUUGCUUACAAAUGUCCAGAAAAGUAACUAACAUGACUGAAUGUUAGUGCCAAGGACUCUGAACAGAUGAGACACAUCCAAUGUAGUUGUCUUUAAGCAUUAUGUUUUCAGUGUCUAGUUUUUUAAACAUUCCACAUUGUCAGUUUGCUAAUCGCAGACGAGAGAGGGGAAAUAACAUGAAACGUGAAAUCUGUGAAAACCUGGUAGCUAAACUCUGGUCGGAUGGGCUGCCUUCAGCUAUAUAAUUUAUCAUUUAUAAUUAAUGCAUGUGAUCUGAGCAAUGUGAUUCAAGUACUCUCCUCGGUCUGCGGAAAUACUUUGCCUGGUCCGCAUCCAAACGGCGAUCUGCAAGUUUUGAAUGCUUCACUGCUUUCCCUUAGAGAAAAGUCACCCAAACUCCUCAUGUGAAUUUUUACACAUUGCUUGUAGACACAUCUAAUGUCGUGUGUCACAAAAUUUGUAGUCUGUGGACCUUUCAUGUGUAGAUCAUAUGGUUUUCAUUUUCCACAUAUGAUUGUCACACAUGAUUCAUUUCAUUUGUCCCAUGUAGGUCAUGUGGUUUUAUUUCCUGCAUGCAAUGACAUAUUACAUCUACUUUUGCUAAAGUGACUUACAAGAAAAAAAAAAAAAAAAAGUGAAACUCCAACUAAUUUAUGAAUCCUUGCAGACAUGGUUUGGAAAAGUCUAUCAAAGAGUCAACAUUUCCAGAUAUAAUGAUCCUAAUGCUAACACUGAAAACAGCGCUGCCCCAACAGCAUUUAAUAUCUUUAAUAACACUGAUGCCGACCAAGCAGCGUGUACAAGAUUAAAGGAUAAAUAGUCUCAGUUAUACCUAGGUCAUUAUGAUCAAUUUCAGUGUGUGUACUGUACGUAUCAUCAUUUACCCCAAUCAGCAUCCUGCCUUUGAAGUCAGCCUGCUGAAAAUGAGCAACGAAACAACAACGAUUAUCAAGAUUACCUUCAUUUGUGGCACAUUUACGCUGCACUUUUCUCAGCGCUACAGAUGGAAGAGGCAAAUCAGAACAGGUCUCUAAAUGAACUGGGCCAGGGGAUGGAGAUUUGUCUGAUGGAUAGCAAUGCUACAGUAUGUUUAAUGGCUUGUCUUGCAGAGAGAGAGGGAACCUGACAGGUCAGAGAAACCUGCAGGCUAAUAAUCGAGCAUUACAGUACGGUCUGUACGUGCCCCUAGCUCUCAGCGGUUUUAAACGUGCUAAAAAUAAAACCUAGUGCAAAGAAGGACACAUACACUGUCUCAUUAUGUCCUCCUCAUCAACGUUGAUGCCUCUGUGCCGUGAUGUGAAGCGUAGCUUCUAGACAGGCGGCGUUUGACGAUGGUCAGGACCGAGGUUCAAAGCGAAUAUGUGUCACCGGUGACAGGGUGAAGUAAACAGAACAGUAACGACGGCACCGGUGGCGUGCAUCAGUGAGACACAAGUCUGUUCAAAUGCUGUGAUGUAGACGUAGAGUGUAGUGUUAGGAGUGUGUGGUGUUAUUAUUUCUUUCUAGAAGUUCCGGAUUAGAGCUCAGCACAGUAAAUGAUGGAGUCUUAAACGAGUAUUCACUGAACCUCCUCUCCUUUUCAUUGAUAUCUCUUUGUAGUUUUAUCACUCAUAUCCCUUCUCUCAUUUUCCCUGGCUGUCAUUCUUUUCCUCUCUCCCUCUCUCUCAGGGUGAACAGGUGCUAGUGGACAGGCAGGGAGACAGAGAGAGUAAUUGAGGCUGAGUCUGACCUUGAUGAAGAAGGUCGAGCCAGCAGCAGGCGAAUGCACCGUCAGCGCUUUGCAUAUUCUAAAUCAGACGACACAAUAUCUGUAAUAGUGCGAAACCCACAGGGAAUCAGAGAUGAGCUUCUCUGCCCAUCCCCUCGCCUCCUACCCUCUCUUCCUCCGUUCUCCUGAUCCAUCCAUCCGCCCACGCAUCCAUGACCUCUCCCUUAACAAUUGACUUUCAUUGUCCUCAAAUCAGUGUAGUUCAAGUCUGCGAGUGCAGCAACAGAGGCAGCAUGUAGACACUUUUCCUGCUCCCGGCUUCUCAACCCAGUUCAUUACCCACCAAUGCAUCAUGUCUUUAAAUGAGUCAUUAUUUUUCAUCCAUUUGCCUUUUUCUCUCCUUUUUUUUUCUUGCAAACAAGCUUUCAAACCUAAAGCCUAAGAUUAAAAGCAAUGAUAAAACCCACUGAAUAAUGAAUUGUUUUAUUAUGCAAAGCCCUUGGUAACACGAAAUAACCGCCUUUACAAGGACAUUUGAUGAUUUUCGACUAGCUUUACCUCUCUAUUUUAUUUUCAAUCAAAUGAUAAACCAUUUUUAAUGUAUGUCAAGCAAUGUCAGUAUUAAGAUGGGGAAUCCGGUCGACAUGUUGUCCAAAGGUCACAGUUAGCUAUUAAGGACUAUCACCUAGAGGAGAAUUUCAUGGGAAAACAUUGUUCCUCUCUGAUGAACUUGUAAAUAUGUUUGUAAAUAUGUCACAGCAAUAAUACGACACUGCAUGUGAAAAAGAAAAACCUGAUCCGUUUGCGUUUCCUCUUUUCUUAGAAAUUUUUUGGCAUUGUAUACACUGGUACCAGUAAAAGCCUGGACAGAAAACACAAAAUCAGGGACACACCUUCUUUAGCUAAUUAUCUGCUGUCGGCUGCAUUGACCAGUUGUUGUCAAUAUGGGAUCAUUUUCUGUAUUAGGAGAUCUGUUGAUGUUCUCUCUCUUUCUGUUUUUUUUUCCUUCUGUCUUUUGUCUAAGUGCCCAGCUUGGCUGUGCAGUAAUGAAAAGUGCCAAAAAAUAAAAAAGUAUAAUUUCCAUAACAAAAGCCUUCGACUUAUGGCGGCCUUCUCACAAGCCACCAUAUGGUCCUCAAGCGACAGAAUUUAGAUUUUCACUCUUCUUUCUUACUCUCCCCACACUCUCUUACUCUCUCCUUUUUUCAGAACAUAGGGAAAAAUGUUAAGCCAUGACUGAGAAUGAGUGGUUUUGAUUUUUUCUUGUUUUCCUUUGUACCACUGUUAUUAGAAGUGGGGAUAAUACUGGUGAUGACGAUGAUGAUAAUGACAAUAAUAAAACCAAUAGCACAAACGU